CAUGUCCCUCCACCAUUUUGCUUUUUGUUCCCCUCUAAUCUGAUCCUCACUCACUUCGUAACCGCCGCUGUAACCUCCCACAUCUGGUCAGCACUCAGCAUGUUCUCUGCGGAUCUUUCUUGGACCGAAGCCAGUGUGGAAAAAGUUGGCGAGAGGAGAGAGAGGAAAGCCAGGGAACGCCCCACUCCGUCUGCAACGCCCUCCAUUAAUAGCACCAUCAGUUCCAGGGCUUCAAUAAAGUCCAUCGCCAAAGACAAAGUGCUAUUCUGGACUUCAAAUCUGAAGAAAGCAAAAAGUCUCAAACCAAUCAAGAAUGUCGUAUCAGAACGGCCCAGUACAAGCCGGAGUACCACAGCGUCGCAUUCAAGAAAAACAUCGAGCAGUUCCCCUCGACAUAUAGACAUUGAAAUUCCUUACGACCUGCGAGAUCCCACACUUCAACCACCCGCGUGGACUUACUCAAGUUCACUCUCAUCCAAGCUCCCAUCCGGCCAACCAAUAGAUCUACCCGUUCAUGAAGUGCCAGAGCUCGAGGGCGAUGUUUCUUCACGUGGUAUCAAAUCCAACGCGUCUCGCUCCCCACGUGAACAGCAUUGGAACAUGAAGAUUCUGGGAAGAGAGAAACCAACGGAAGAGACAAAAGAAACCCACCACUUCAACCCUGGCUCAUUUGCUCCUUGCAUCAUAAGGCGGGCUCCUGAUGUUGCAGAAUUGGCCGCCGUUGACACGUAUAAGUCUCCGGAUGGCAAGAGAAGAAGGCGAGUCGUUUGCGCGGGUUUUAACGACAUUGCAACUGACCAAUCGCAGACGAGCAUAUUCCGUGAGAGUGGAAGGCUGUCAAGAUUUCGAGGGACUGAGCUUACAAGACCAAGCGGAAGAUGAGCUUACGCCAGCUCU